CAGUAUUCAGUCUCUUUAGAAACUUCUCCAGGGGAAAAGUGUUGGGAGAUCUACAAAGUGGAUUUUUUUUUUCCAUUUUCCUUUUUUUUUUUUUUCUUCCCUCUUUCUCCCUGUUUUUUACCGCUCCUCUGCAGACUUUCCAACCAAACACUUCAAUUUUGCAGAAAACUUCUUUUUUUCCUUUUUUUUUUUUUUUUCUUUUUGCCAUUUUGGGGGGCUUUUUCUCUUUCUCCACUUUUUUUUAUUUUUUAAUUUUUUUAAUUUUUCAAACCUUGGAAGAGGAAAACGAGAGGGUUGAACAGAACCGAUCGAAACACCACUUUGCUUCAUACCACGCUUCCCAGCAGCUCGCUGCGUCGGGAGAGACUUCUCCUGCAGAAGAAGGGGGAGGGAAGGGGAGCUUUGCAUCCCCUCUUCCUUCUCCUGCGCUUUUCUUUUCUUUUUUUUUUCCCCCCUCUUGACUGCUUUGAUGCCAUAAGAGCAGGACGCUGGGUUUCAAGGAACUUUGCUCCCUUCCCAACCUUCCUCCUCCCAUCCCUUUGGGUGCGUGUGCUUGUGUGUGUGUGCGGUCCCAUCCCACUCCCCAACCCCUGCAACCUGUAGGCUGCAGCUCCCCGUGCAACCUUCUCUCCCUUUCCCUCCUCCUCCCCUCCCUUUCUCUUUCUGCGCUCCCGCGGAUCGCCGUGCAAGUCCCCAUUUCCAGGCGAAAAAAGAAAGAAAAAGACUCAAAGCAAACCUAGACCCUCUCCCACAGCUAAAAGAAAAGCGGGAGGCUCUCGCACCUCGAGAAUAACCCUCAGCCUGGGGUGCCCGCAAACAGGGGCUGCGCUUUCAGCCGCUUUUCUUUUUUAAAUUCUCCAGUUUUCUUUUUUUUCUUUUUCCUCCCCCUCUCCCGGAGGGGCCAAGCGGGAAGCAGACGUCCCCCGCCCCCGCCGGCGGCAGCCCCGCGCCCCGUCCCGCAGCAUCCAUUCCCCCGCCGCGAUGCUGCUGCGGCUCCUGGUGCUGCUGGGCGCCUGCCCGGGGCUCUCGCGGUGCCUGGGUUCCUUCGUUCAGUGCGAACCGUGCGACGGCAAAGCUCUGUCGCUCUGCCCUCCGCCGCCGCUGGGCUGCGAGCUGGUGAAGGAACCGGGCUGCGGCUGCUGCCUCACCUGCGCCCUGCCCGCCGGGCAGCCCUGCGGCGUCUACACCGAGCGCUGCGCCCGAGGGCUCCGUUGCCUGCCCCGCCAGGGCGAGGAGAAGCCGCUGCACGCCCUGCUCCACGGCACCGCCGUCUGCCUCAGCGAGAAGAGCUACCGCGAGCAAGCCAAGGCUGAACGGGAAUCCCGUGAGCAUGAGGAGCCGACCACAUCGGAGAUGACGGAGGAGACCUACCCACCCAAGGCCUACCGGCCCAAGCAUGGCCGCCUCUCUGACCUCAAAGCUGAGGCUCUGAAGAAGGACCGCCGGAAGAAGCUGACCUUAGCCAAAUUUGUGGGCAUGGCAGAGAACACAGCACAUCCCCGCGUGGUCAUCCCCGAGCUCCGGCAAGAGUUUGAGCUGGGCCCUUGCCGCAGGCACAUGGAGGCCUCCCUGCAGGAGCUGAAAAGCAGCCAGCGGAUGGUCCCUCGUGCUGUGCAUCUCCCCAACUGCGACCGAAAGGGAUUCUAUAAGAGGAAGCAGUGCAAGCCCUCCCGGGGACGGAAGCGUGGGCUGUGUUGGUGUGUGGACAAAUAUGGCAUGAAGCUGCCGGGGACUGACUACCUGAGUGGAGACCUGCAGUGUCACGCAUUCGACAGCAGCAACGUGGAGUGAAGUCGCAUCCCCUCCCUCUGCCCCAUCACCACCCACCCAGGCUCCCUUCCACCCUCCCCUCCGCACCUCCCUGCGCCCCAGGACUCCGAUUCCUUUCAUCUCAUGUAAGAAGAAUAAAAGAGAGGAAAAGAAAAAAGAGAAAGAGAGGAACAGAACAAAAAAGAUAAAUAAGGGACAAAGAAAAGGAAAAAGGAAAAGAAAAAAAAGAGAAGAAAGGAAAAGUUUAAAAAAAAAAAAAAACGAAAAGAAAAGAAAAGAAAAGAAAAGAAAAGAAAAGAAAAGAAAAGAAAAGAAAAGAAAAGAAAAGAAAAGAAAAGAAAAGAAAAGAAAAGAAAAGAAAAGAAAAGAAAAGAAAAGAAAAGGAGAAAAGGAAAAAGGAAACGAAAGAAGAAAAGAGAAAUACAAACCCUGAAGAGACUGAGGACUCGGAAUCUACAGCAGUGUCUUGACAACAAGGACUCAGCAAGGAAAGGACAGAGCCAGAGACAAGCCAGCUUUGGGUGCUCCGCCGUCCCGCACCUCUCCCUGCACUGCCUGCGCACCCCUGACGUCAAGCAGAGCCCAUGCCGAUGUAAAAAGCUCUCCGAGUUGGUGAUUUUCUAGUACGGGGUGCAGGCGGGGUUAAUUUUUCAUUUAUUUUUGAUUUUUUGUUAGCUAGUCAUUUUCCAAAGGGUCUGGAGAGAAAACCUUGCAGCCAUCAGCGUCUCCCCUCCUUGCUCCGUUCCUCUGGAGUUUCUUCCCUGUAUCGCUGGGAUGCAUUCAAGUCAUUCUUAUCUCCAUCCCAAAUGACCACCCUGAUCCAAGCAGAUUUGGACCAUGCUGGGAGGAACAUGAGGAGGAGGAAGAGGAGGAGCAGGAUUCACUGCGCACCUGGAGAUGAGCUGGGGAGGGACACAAAGCUUCUGCAACGGCAUGAAUACUCCCCAUAGUAUUCGUGAAUAUCAAAAAGAAACAAUCCAAAAGGGAUACAUACCCUUCUCAAUGCGACUCCUCUGGACUUGGGAGGCCAGAAAUCUGAGUUUUGGACAAGUGAGACUCUGAACGUCACCCAUGUGGGUAUGGAAGUGUUUGUGGCGUGCAUGCAUGUGCACAGAUGUGACUUCUCCUCCUUGCCUGGAAACAUGCAAUUUGAGGGCUUCACUGUAAGCAGGGGAAGAGCUGCCAGACUGAGCAGGGAAGAGAGUUAUAGAGGUGUUCCAUCUAUGUCAGCUCCAUGGAUGCUCCAUCACUCCCCAGAGUGAAGCAGGCAUAUAUUGGGACAGGGAAACUGGGGACAAAACCCUUCGCCACCCUUACUGACAUGGCAAAGGCCAACUAUAGAGAUUUUUUUUUUUUUUUUUUU